ACGCUUUACUAAAUUCCCAUGUUUUUCGUUGCAGAGCCGAGGUGCACGACGUUUGCAUGAAAGACACGAGGCAGGAUGUCCUGCACUGCUCUUAACAAGGCAAUCAAACGCACCUAAAGUUCAACGUUUGAUAAACGGGGAGACUGGAAACUCGAGAGGAAGUUCUUUGGAACGCACUGUUCCCCAACUAUGUUCCCAUUACAAAUCGACGGACAGAAACAGAUUGAGAACAUCUGAACAUGCUGUUCUCGCGUCCUGGAGGAACGCUGAAUUGCGUUCUUCUUUGAACCAACCCCCGCCCAUGGACCGACCGGGUGCGGCUCCUCUCGAAGGCCCUCGCGAUUCCCGCAAGAAGUCGUAUUCUUGCCCCUGGCGGUCUGUUCAUGCUCACGCGCGCAGUUCAUUUUCACGCCCUAGGUCGUCCCGUCGGUUCGUCGUUCUUUCUCAGUCUCUUUGUCACAGCCCCCCCGGGAAAGAAGAAACGUGAUGCUGCUGGUGUCAAACGAAUUUUUCAAGGCGGCAAAGAAGGAGGAGACAAGAAAAUCUGCACCUAAGAGCGUCUCUUCCGAUGGGAGAAGCUCGUAUCAUCUGUCGAGUUUGUCAGAAGCAAUUUUCGCAGUACACGUGCCCUCGAUGUAAUGCUCGCUAUUGCUCUCUUCCAUGUUACAAGAGGCACAGCCUUCAUUGCACAGAAUCAUUCAUGCGAGAAAAUGUGAUGGAGGAGCUACGCCACAUCCAGCCUGAAGAUGAAACAAAGAGAAAAAUGUUGGAACUCCUCAAAAGAUUCCAUUUGGAUGAGUUAGACAAGCCAUUUGAAAUAGAAAUUGACAAAGAUUCCCUACUAUCUGAGGAUACCAUUCAGAAGGUUCUGAGAGGAGAUGCAAUGAGUUUAGAUGACCUUUCUAACGAGGAGAAAAAGCAGUUUCAAAGAGCAGUAGCAUCUGGUGAGCUAGGCAAGCUUAUAGAGCCUUGGAGACCUUGGUGGUACAAUCCUUCUGCAAGAACAAUCUCUCUCAGUCGUGAAGGAGCGCAAUUGGUUCAACCAAUCAUUGCUGGAGAAAGUACUUCCUCUGGGCGAGGGAGAGAAAAUGAUCCAUGUGAUAUUCCUCCAGGACCUGAAGCUCCACUGCAACCUCUCAGUGAACUAACGUGCAGUGAUCCAUCACCACUGCUAGGAGUGCAUUUAGUUGAUAUCAUAUAUACUUAUUGUUUCACCCUUCGUCUCUAUAAUGGAGAAUGGCAGUCUGACCCACUUGGUGCAUCAUUGGUUGUCUUAAAUAUGUCAUCUGUUUUGGGUGAAGGUGGACAACCAGAAACAGUGGCCGAAGCCUUAGCUUGGUGCCUGGAGAAGACCUGUUCACCAGCAUAUAGAGACUUGGGUGGCUUACAUUUUGGUUUGGGUCUCUUCGAUGAUGUGGUUUGCUUAUUAUACUUGGGGACACCUGCACUAGUGACUAUGUUAUGUGAUUUGAAAAGAUUGAUUGAAGUGGCAAUUGGGGAGCCCAAAUCUAAGAGACAUGAGAAGGGAAAGACAAAUAGCAGAAACAGAAGCAAGUUAAGGAGCACAUCCAAGAAAGUAUAUUUUCUUCUGUGCUGGGUACAUGAGCAACCUCGGGAAGCAUGGCCAUCAUUGGCGGCUGCUGUGGAGUUGGAGAAAGCUGCAAUUGUGUCUUCAAGCUCAAGAGAUGGGCGUCUAAAUAUACAAGGGAAGACAGGUAGCAAUCAUAAGGUUCUUAUUGAGGAGGUCUAACGAGAGACCCCUGCUUGGGUAAUUGGCAUCAGAAAUCUGCUAUCAAAGAUCUUCCUGCAAUUCCAUUUUAUGGUCUUUGUGUUUUUUGUAAAUUACAGAUGUAAUUGAAAUACUUGGAACUUGGAACUUAAUGGUAUUGGUAGGUAGACCUCAGGCACAAAUGUAAACUUUCAAGGUAGAUUGUCUGUGAUGUACUAAAAUAUUUCUUGUUGAUUAUACUUGUGACA